CUUCAAUCCAUCAGUCCUGAUACAUAAGUCCUUAAACGGCAGAAAAAUAUGGCUGCAAACCACCCAAUUCAUAUUCAUCCCGCUCGACCUCUCUAUCGUUUCACCGCGACUGCAUUGGGAGCUAGCAUGUGGUUCUUUCUGAUGUACAGGGCGAAGAAAGACGGUCCUGCUUUGUUGGGUUGGAAGCAUCCUUGGGACCAUUGAUUGCCGAAUAUUCUCAGACCUGAGUACGGUCUCGCUUGUUGAGAUUGGAAGACAGUUGAUUUUCUUGAGGACUACAUCAGAUAUCUCAAUCGAGUUGUAACACAAAGGUUCUCGCUUUCUGUCGUCAUUAAAGGAACCAUCCACUCAAACUUUCAAGUCAGAAUGACGACGAUCAUAUCUGAAGAAUAGGAUAUGUGCAAAAGUGGAAUUCCAUCUACCCUUGCAUUUCCUCGAGUAGUACCUUGUACUGGCGACGCUUUUUGGGGUGGCCUGGUCGCAAGGCUGUGUACAUGCGCCCUAGCAAAUGAGCCAAUCUAGGAAAGAGAUUCCUCUCUGCCAAC